CAGGGGGUGACACCAGGGUGUCCCCAUGUCCCUGCAGGACGAGUCCGCCAUGGCUGGGAUGGCCCUGUUCUUCAGUGAGGAGCAGCUCAUCACGGUGCUGGGAGCCUUCCUGGGCUUGACCUUCUUCGCUGCCAUCACCGUGGCCACCGUGGUCCUGCUGCGCCGCUUGCGCCUGAAGAUGUCCCCAGGAGCCGUGGAGCAGGAGUCCCCGCGGUACCGCUUCCGCAAGCGGGACAAGAUGCUCUUCUACGGCCGCAAGAUCAUGCGCAAGGUGUCCCAAUCCACGUCGUCCCUCAUGGACACCACCAUCUCCAGCGCCUCGCGCCCGCGCAUGAAGAGGAGGCUGCGGAUGUUCAACCUGGCCAGGAAGUUCCUGCACAUGCAGAAGGAGCUGCCCAAGCUGCAGAUGAAGGAGCCGUCGCCGGUGCUGCUGGAGGCCGACCUGGGCGAGUUCGACACCGGCAGCUCCCACCUGCCCUCCGAGGUGCUCUUCAUGCUCAAGAACGUGCGGGUGCUGGGUCACUUUGAGAAGCCCUUGUUCCUGGAGCUCUGCAAGCACAUGGUGUUCCAGCAGUGCCACCAAGGGGAAUACGUCUUCCGGCCGGGACAAGCCGACUCCAGCAUCUACGUGCUGCAGGAUGGGAAACUGGAGCUGAUCCUCACCGGACCGGAUGGGAAGGAGACGGUGAUGAAGGAGGUGUUCCCUGGGGACAGCGUGCACAGCCUGCUCAGCAUCGUCGAUGUCCUCACGGGCCACCAACGUCCAUACAAGACAGUGAGCGCCCGGGCAGCAGCGAACUCCACCAUCCUCCGGUUGCCAGUUGAAGCUUUCUCAGCCAUCUUUGAGAACUACCCCGAGAGCUUGGUGCGGAUGGUGCAGAUCAUUAUGGUGCGCCUGCAGCGAGUCACCUUCUUGGCUUUGCACAACUACCUUGGCUUGACCAACGAGCUCUUCAGCCACCCCAGCCACGCCGCCCGCACCAGCCCGGUCCGCCACGGCAAGCGCGGCCUCGGCCACACGGAUGAGGGCCGGGAGCCAGCUGCUGAGACAUUGAAAGCUGGAGGCCCAGAGCCCCCCAAGCCGACCAUGAGCCGCUGCAUCUCCAUGCCCGUGGACAUUGCUGGCAUCCAGAAAGGUCCUCGCUCUGACUUCGACCUGGCCUACGAGCGUGGGCGCAUCUCGGUGUCACUGCAGGAGGACAGAACCAGCGCCUUUCCCACCUUCUCCCAGUCCAUCUCUCAUGAGCCUAAGGAGCGCAAGACGGUGACGCUGGAGGAGCAACCAUCUGGUAUCUACCGCUACAGCUAUGGCAGGGAAGAGCCCACCCCUAUGAACCCUCCCGUUGGACCAUACCAGGGCAGCCAGAGCAGCACCAUCUUGGAGACUGCCAAGCAAGAGCUGGGCAAGCUCAUGAAGUUGGAGGACCCUUCUCUCCUUGAUGACCGUGUCGAGCUCUAUCGUGCCAAGGCUGGGGCGGUCAUUGCCUGUGAAGGGGAACAGGACGCGAGCCUCUACUUUGUCAUAUGUGGCUGCCUGCAUGUGUACCAGCAGAUGAUUGACAAGGCAGAACACGUCUUCCUCUUCUUGACCCAACCUGGAGAGAUGGUGGGACAACUGGGCGUGCUCACUGGUGAGCCCCUCAUCUACACCAUCAAGGCCAACCGCGACUGCACCUUCCUCAAGAUGUCCAAGAUGGACUUCUACGACAUCAUGCGGGAGCAGCCCAGCGUGGUGCUGACCGUUGCCCACAUCGUGGUGGCCCGUAUGUCCCCCUUCGUGCGCCAGAUGGACUUUGCCAUCGACUGGAUGGCAGUGGAGGCCGGGCGGGCGCUCUACCGGCAGGGUGACAAGUCAGACUGUACCUACAUCGUGCUCAACGGGCGCCUCCGCUCCGUCAUCCAGAAGGGCAGCGGCAAGAAGGAGCUCGUUGGGGAGUACGGCCGUGCAGACCUCAUCGGGGUGGUGGAAGCCCUCACCCGGCAGCCUCGUGCCACCACGGUCCAUGCGGUGCGGGACUCGGAGCUGGCCAAGCUGCCUGAGGGCACCUUGAACAACAUCAAGCGCAGAUACCCCCAGGUCGUCACCCGCCUCAUCCACCUCCUGAGCCAGAAGAUCUUGGGGAACCUGCAGCAACUCCGUGCGCCCUUUGCAAGCUCUGGCUUGGGCAUGGCCUCCAGCUCGGAGCCCAUCAACCCCACCAGCAACCUCUCAACGGUGGCGGUGCUGCCGGUGUGUGACAGUGUCCCUGCCGUGGCCUUCUCACUGGAGCUCAAGCACGCUCUUGAUGCCAUCGGUCCCACUUUGCUCCUCACCAGCGACGUCCUCCGCAUCAACCUCGGCUACUUGGCGCUGGACAGCAUCCAGGAGUACCGCCUCUCGGGGUGGUUGGCACAGCAGGAGGACAGCCACCGCAUCGUCCUCUACCUGACUGACUCCACCCUGACCUCCUGGACCGUGCGGUGCAUCCGUCAGGCCGACUGCAUCCUCAUCGUAGGCAUGGGUGACCAAGAGCCGAUGGUGGGGAAGCUGGAGCAGAUGCUGGAGAACACGGCAGUGCGGGCACUGAAGCAGUUGGUUCUCCUGCACCGUGAGGGCGGGCCCGGCCCUUGCCGCACCGUUGAGUGGCUCAACAUGCGCAGUUGGUGCUCGGGUCACUUCCACAUCAGGUGUCCCAAGCACAUCUUCACGCGACGGAACCCGGCCAGGCUGCAGGAGACGUAUGAGAAGUUGUAUAAGAAGAAGGCCGACAUCCACAGCGACUUCUCCCGCCUGGCGCGGGUCCUCACCGGCAACACCAUCGCCCUCGUCCUGGGUGGCGGCGGAGCCAGGGGCUGCGCCCACAUCGGGGUGAUCAAGGCGAUGGAGGAGGUGGGGAUCCCCAUUGACAUGGUUGGUGGCACCUCCAUCGGUGCCUUCAUCGGGGCGCUCUACGCCGAGGAGCGCUGCGCCGACAGCACCAGGCAGCGGGCGCGGGAGUGGGCCAAGUGCAUGAACUCAGUGUUUGCGACCAUCCUGGACCUCACCUACCCCAUCACCUCCAUGUUUUCGGGCUCAGCCUUCAACGACAGCAUCAACAAGGUUUUCCAGGACAAGCAGAUCGAGGACCUGUGGCUGCCUUACUUCAACGUCACAACCGACAUCACAGCCUCCACCAUGCGGGUGCACACAGACGGCAGCCUUUGGCGCUACGUCCGAGCCAGUACCUCUUAUACCCCCUACCUGCCUCCUCUCUGCGACCCCAAGGACAGCCACUGGCUCGUGGAUGGCUGCUAUGUUAACAAUGUCCCAGGCUCGCUCUGGCGCUACGUGCGAGCCAGCAUGACCCUUUCUGGGUACCUGCCACCACUCUGUGACCCCAAGGAUGGCAACUUACUGAUGGAUGGUGGUUACAUCAACAACCUGCCAGCCGACAUCGCCCGCAGCAUGGGGGCCAAGACCGUGGUGGCCAUCGAUGUGGGCAGCCAGGAUGAGACGGACCUGUGCAACUAUGGGGACACUUUGUCGGGCUGGUGGCUCCUCUGGAAGCGCCUCAACCCCUGGGCUGAGAAGGUCAAGGUGCCCGACAUGGCUGAGAUCCAGUCCCGCCUGGCCUACGUGUCCUGCGUGCGGCAGCUCGAGGUGGUCAAGUCCAGCUCCUACUGCCAGUACAUCCGGCCCCCCAUUGACAGCUUCAAGACCAUGGACUUCGGCAAGUUCGAUGAGAUCUAUGAAGUUGGGUACCACCAUGGCAAGAUGGUCUUCGACCACUGGAGCCAGGACGACAUCAUUGAGAAGAUGGUGAAGGACCGGCGAUGGGCCGACUUCUGCGACACCGAGCGCGUGGACGUGCUCAAGACUCACUUCAUUGACCUGGCCGAGAUGGUGUCCCGCAUCGAGCCAGCGCAGCCCUGCGCCGAAGAGGAAUCCGAUGACGUCACGGACUACGAGGACGAGGAACUGGACCCCCCCCGGGAUGAGCAGGAUGCGGCCGCCCCUUCGGAACGGGCCAGCACCGGCGCUGCGGGGGCUAAGGAGGAGGAGAAUUCCCUUCGGCACCGCUCGAGCCAGCCCCAGGACCCCUCCGCACCCCAGAUGUGACCCCAAAGCGCCCCGGAGCCGCCACUACCUCCCCCUGCGGGGGCCUCCCUCUUCCCAUUGCCCCUUCCCACUCAUCCCGGUUCAUCCC